UGACGAAUCGGAACGCUGCGUUGAACGAGGGGCUGAAAUCAUCGUGCACUCCAGCCCGGUGAACUACAGUACGAGGGAUGUGAGGAAGUUCAGUCUGCCGACUCCGUGGACUUCGAGCAUGCUGGCUACCGACAGUAACGCACAGAGACCCCCGAUGCCGUGGUUCGGGAUGGACAUCGGAGGGAGUCUCACAAAAGUGAUAUACUUCGAGCCCACUGACCUAGACCCUGAUGAAAGCAACAAUGAACACGAGAACCUUAAAACUAUCAAGCACUACCUCAAGAGCAACAAGGCCUAUGGGAAGACCGGCAAGCGUGACGCACAUCUCGAGAUGGAGCGCUGCAAGAUGGGCGGACGGGUCGGGACCCUCCACUUCAUCCGUUUCCCGACCGCAGAAAUGUCCGCUUUCAUGGCAUUGGCCAAAUCGAAGGGUAUAGCCUCGAUGGCAACAACAAUUUGUGCCACGGGCGGAGGAGCUCAUCUGUUCGAAGAACAAUUCCGGGAGGUAGGAAAGGAACUGAAUCUCAUCCUACACAAAUUCGACGAGCUCGACUCGCUGAUCCGUGGAAUUCACUACAUCGAGGCAUGUAAUCCCGUCAACGAAUGUUACUACUUCAAAAACCCAAUGGACGAAGAUCAAUUCGAGAAGGUUCCCUACGACUUCUCGAACCCGUAUCCGUAUCUCGUCGUCAAUAUCGGAUCCGGAGUCAGUAUCCUUGCGGUGUAUUCACCGACGGAGUACAAACGCGUCACAGGCACGAGCUUGGGUGGAGGAACCUUCCUGGGUCUUUGCUGCUUACUUACGGGCUGCGAGACUUUUGAAGAAGCGAUCGAGUUGGCCGAGAAGGGUGAUUCUCAGAAAGUGGACAAGCUCGUCAAAGAUAUCUACGGCGGAGACUAUCCAAAGUUCGAUUUACGCGCGGAUACAGUCGCCUCUUCAUUCGGAAACAUGAACUGCAAGUGGAGACGGGAGUUGACCAGCAAAGAAGACUUAGCUCGCGCCACGCUGGCCACAAUAACAAACAACAUCGGAUCGAUCGCGAGGAUGUGCGCAAUCAACGAGGGUAUCACCCGGGUUGUGUUCGUAGGCAAUUUUCUGCGGGUCAACGCGCUCUCAAUGCGAAUGCUCGCGUACGCGAUGCAUUUCUGGUCGAAAGGUUCACUGAAGGCGCUCUUCCUCGAGCAUGAAGGCUAUUUUGGAGCAGCGGGGUGCUUGAUGGAGCUAUUGAAGUCCGGCAACUAAGCGAGAUCACCCUUGGCUAGCCAUCGAAUCAAACUCGAGGCUCCGCGCCGAUUCGGCCCGAUAAGAGAGCUGUGUUUCAUUCAUCGAAAUAGGUGAUAGUGUUCAGUCCAGCUGUAUUCUUUUCAAUCUAAAUAUUUUCGUGGAUGUAGGCGUGAGAAGUCUGAGAGCCCAAAAGCAACUAUUUUCGCUUUGGUCUUUCAAAGUGCUGUGUAUAUACGGAAUCGGCGAUGGAAGACAGGGAAGCGACCAUCGAGGCGUCCGCCGAGCUUGAAUGUCGCGUCGUGCGUCGAAGGUUUUGUGUGGCUGCGGCUUUGCUGACCUAUGGGCAUCCUCGAAGCACAGGACAGUGAGAAUUCUAGAUAGCCUAACUUUUAAUGCUGGAGAGGAUAUCAUAAUGACAGAUGAAGUCAUAAGUAAUGAACGAGGAAAACCUGAAGCCCAGACAGUUUCUCCCCUAUAUCAACUGUUGGAACAACUUGGGGGAUUAAUUAUAAUCUUUGUGAAAAAAUUCGUGGAUGAGGGAUCAAAGAGUAUUCAAUGAAAUUCUUCCUGAAUGGCAGAGCUUGUUUCCGUACGUCCUACGCGGCGGCGAUCGGCCCUUCGUGCGAGCUCUGCAAGAGCAACUGACGAAUACUAAUAUA